AUGAUUGUGAGCAUGACAAAAAAGCUCAAGAGGAACCUAGGAAUGGCGUGGAUUGAUUAUAAGAAAGCCUUCGACAGUGUCCCACAUUCCUGGAUUCUCGCAGCCAUAAAAAUCUACCAUGUGUCACCAACCAUCAUUCAGUUCAUGGAAGCUACAAUGAAGAAAUGGAAGACUGAAAUGCCCCUCUUCACUCAAGGAGGCUGCCUCAGGACAGAAGAUAUCUCAAUCAAGAGAGGAAUCUUUCAGUUCGAUAAACACAACACCAUCAGCUACCUGCUCUACAUGGCUUUCCUUAAACUGUUCACCAAAAACGAAUAUGAGUUGGAACAGGCCUUGGUAACAGUCAAAGCAUUCAGUGAUGACAUCAAAAUGGAGUUCGGCUUAGGAAAGUGUGCAACUGCAAUCUUAAAAUGCGAGCCCGAGGCUGAACAAACACCGCAGCAUACGGAUACCCAUGAAGGUGAAUCAGUAGUGGAUAUGGAAGAUCGAAUCUCUACUAAGAUGCUUGAAACUCAGGCAAUCCCCUGGAUCAACGCAGAAGCCUGA